CAGAGCACCAGCUCAGUAACUGUGCCAGAAACGCUGCUGUUUGUUUCAACCCUCGAUGGGAGUUUGCAUGCUGUCAGCAAGAGGACAGGAGCAAUCAAGUGGACUUUAAAAGAAGAUCCUGUGCUCCAGGUGCCAAUACAUGUGGAAGAGCCAGCGUUUCUUCCAGACCCAAACGAUGGCAGCUUGUAUACACUUGGUGGCAAGAACAGUGAAGGCUUAACUAAACUUCCAUUUACCAUCCCCGAGCUGGUGCAGGCGUCUCCGUGCCGCAGCUCAGACGGGAUCCUGUACAUGGGUAAGAAGCAGGACAUUUGGUACGUGGUCGACCUCCUGACUGGGGAGAAGCAGCAAACCUUGACCUCCUCGUUUGCAGAAAGUCUUUGCCCGUCGACAUCUCUCCUGUAUCUUGGGAGAACAGAGUACACGAUCACAAUGUAUGACACCAAGAAGAAGGAGCUGCGAUGGAAUGCCACCUACUUCGACUACGCAGCCACUCUGCCUGAUGAGGACAUCAAAUACAAGAUGUCCCACUUCGUGUCCAACGGGGACGGGCUGGUGGUGACGGUGGACAGCGACUCUGGGGACGUGCUGUGGAUCCAGAACUACGCGUCGCCCGUGGUGGCGUUUUACAUCUGGCAGCGCGAGGGGCUGCGCAAGGUCCUGCACACCAACGUGGGCAUCGAGACCCUGCGGUACCUGACCUUCAUGUCUGGGGAGGUUGGACACAUCACCAAGUGGAAAUAUCCCUUCCCCAAGGAAACGGAGACCAAGAGCAAACUGACGCCAACCCUGUACGUGGGGAAAUACUCCACGAGUCUGUACGCGUCGCCGUCCAUGGUGCACGAGGGAGUGACUGUGGUGCCCCGGGGCAGUGCCAUGCCCUUACUGGAGGGCCCAAAGACAGAGGGAGUGACCAUCGAGGACAGCGGCGAGUGCGUUAUCACCCCCAGCACAGACGUGAAGCUCUCGGGCAGGCUGAAGGAAAAGCACAAGCUCAACUACUGGAACGACUGGCUGCUCAUAGGGCACCAUGAGACACCAUUAUCUGCCCCCACAAAGAUCCUGGAGAAAUUCCCAAGCAACUUACCAAAAAGGCCUGAAAAUGUGAUUCCAGCUGACUCUGACAAAGCCACUAUUGAAGAGGUCAUUGGCAUCGUUGGAGGUUCCUCAGCAGAAGUGCCCCGUGCUGCUCCGAAGGACAUUGAGGAGAGUCCUGCGCGGCCCGUGGCGCGGCCGGAGGCGCCGGUGGACUCCAUGCUGAAGGACAUGGCCACCAUCAUCCUCAGCACUUUCCUGCUCGUGGGCUGGGUGGCUUUUAUCAUCACCUACCCCAUGAGUGUCCACCAGCAGCAGCAGAGGCAGCACCAGCUGGAAGAGAAGAUACAGCUCCUGCAGCAGCAGAAGUUGCCCUUUGGUGCCCCCAGUGAGCUGCCCCCUGAGGAUUUCCUGGACGUGUCGUACGGGCGGACGGAGAGCUCGGCCACCAGCACUCCCAACCUGUCCCCACGAGCCUCCAACCACUCUGCCUACUCCAGCGUGUCCGACGUGGGCAGCUGCCCCUCCACAGAGCAGGAGGAGGGAGAUGAAGAUGCAAACCGAGUGAUGGUUGGCAAGAUUUCCUUUAACCCUAAGGAUGUGCUGGGACAUGGAGCCGAAGGGACAAUUGUUUACAGGGGGACGUUUGAUAACCGCGAUGUGGCAGUGAAGAGAAUUCUUCCCGAGUGCUUCAGCUUCGCAGACCGAGAGGUGCAGCUGCUGCGCGAGUCGGACGAGCAUCCCAACGUGAUCCGCUACUUCUGCACGGAGAAGGACAGGCAGUUCCAGUACAUUGCCAUCGAGCUGUGUGCUGCCACCUUACAGGAGUAUGUUGAGCAGAAAGCCUUCAGCCACCACGGCCUGCAGCCCAUCACUCUCCUGCAGCAGACAACGUCUGGGCUGGCCUACCUGCACUCCCUGAGCAUUGUCCACAGGGACCUGAAGCCCCAUAACAUCCUCAUCUCGAUGCCCAAUGCCCACGGGAAGGUGAAAGCCAUGAUUUCUGACUUCGGGCUGUGCAAGAAGCUGGCGGUGGGCAGGCACAGCUUCAGCCGCCGCUCGGGCGUGCCGGGCACCGAGGGCUGGAUCGCGCCCGAGAUGCUGAGCGAGGACUGCAAGGAGAACCCCACAUACACCGUGGACAUCUUUUCAGCUGGCUGUGUCUUCUACUACGUGGUGUCUGAGGGUGGGCACCCCUUUGGCAAACCCCUGCAGCGCCAGGCCAACAUCCUGCUGGGAGCAUACAGCCUGGAGUCCCUGGGAGCAGGGAGGCAUGAAGACAUAGUUGCUCGAGACCUGAUCGAGCAGAUGAUAAACAUGGACCCUCAGAAACGCCCGUCUGCCAGCUGUGUGCUCAAACACCCCUUCUUCUGGAGUCUGGAGAAACAGCUCCAGUUCUUCCAGGACGUUAGUGACCGGAUAGAGAAAGAAUCUUUAGAUGGUCCAAUAGUCAAGCAGUUAGAAAGAGGAGGAAGAGAAGUGGUGAAAAUGGACUGGAGAGAGCACAUCACUGUUCCCCUUCAGACAGACCUGCGAAAAUUCAGAUCCUACAAAGGUGGCUCCGUGCGGGACCUCCUGAGGGCCAUGAGAAACAAGAAGCACCAUUACAGGGAAUUGCCUCCCGAAGUGCAGGAGACCCUGGGCUCUAUCCCAGAUGAUUUUGUGUGUUACUUUACAGCUCGUUUCCCUCACCUGCUCCUGCACACCUACCACGCUAUGCACAUCUGCUGCCAGGAGAGACUGUUCCAGCAUUACUAUACUGAGGACUCUGCAGAGCUGAGCCUUGCAGGAGACACUGUUUGA